AUCUUUGAUUCUUGGAUGCUAAUAUCUUUGCAGUUGCGAGAUUGGCUGGACUUAUCGCUCAACCAUUCAGUGCCAUCUUCUUUGUUAAUCCUUUCUAGAGCCUUCACAGUAUCAGGCAAAGUAAAACCAGAGGAAGCUGUUCAAGCUACACUUUCAUCACUGCCAGAUGAGGUGGUGGACACUGUCCAAGUUACAUCUAUGCCAUCUGAAGAUUCUCUUGCUGAAAGGAAGAGAAAGCUUGAGUUCUUAGAAAUGGAAGAAGAGCUCAUCAAGGAGGAGGAAGAGGAAGAAGAAGAAGAGCAGGCUAAGAUGAAAGAAAAGCAGAAGGAUGUAGCUUUGGAAGAGAUGACUCUUGCAACAGCUAAAGAAGCAGAAGAACUAAAGAAAACCAAAACUUUGGAUCAACAAGAGCAGCUUUGUGAGCUUAGUCGUGCAUUGGCUGUUUUAGCAUCGGCUUCGUCUGUAAGCCUGGAGCGUCAUGAGUUUUUGAGACUUGUCAAGAAAGAGAUAGAGUUGUACAAUAGCAUGGUGGAUAAAGGGGGCCCUGAAGGUGAAGAAGAAGCCCGAAAGGCAUAUAAAGCUGCUAGGGAGGAAGACACUGACCGCAAUAAAGAACGGACUGUGGACGAUAAAGUUUCAUCUGCACUUAUUAACAGGGUUGAUGUAAUGCUCCAAAAACUUGAAAAGGAAAUUGAUGAUGUGGAUGCCAAGAUUGGUAAUCGUUGGCGGUUACUGGAUAGGGAUUAUGACGGAAAAGUCACUCCAGAGGAGGUGGCAUCUGCUGCUGCAUACCUCAAGGAUACAUUGGCUAAGGAGGGCAUUCAGGAGCUCAUAGCCAACCUUUCCAAGGACAGAGAAGGGAAAAUCCUCGUCCAAGAUCUGGUGAAGUUGGCCAGUGAAAUAGAAGAUGCUGAAGAGGAAACAACAGAAGAGGAAAAAGCUCAAAAGUAAGGCAAUACAGCAAUAAUUUUGAUCAAUUUAGUGCUAUUCAUUUAGUCUCCAACCUUUCACUUUAUACUAAUAUGCUCCUUAUGUGGGCGCUUAUGGUUGAAUUUGGGUGGUUGAUAAAACAGUUCAGAUCCAAUUCACAAAAACUAAAAUGUGUAUGGAUAUGACUGUCAACACUUAAAUAUCUCCCUCUUACCCCCCCCCCCCCC